AUGGUAAAUAAUGUUGCCAAUGAAACUAUUGAGCACUGCCAACUAAAUGGUUCAGAAGAAUACAAUCGUAGGUUCGCAUGUCUCAAAGAACUAUCAUAUCUAUUUUCCGGAACGUAUUCUAAUUUGAGUACAUCUAAUGAAGGAAUGUAUGGUGAAAUCAAGUCCAAUUGCUUAUACGAAAUCUGCCAGGAGAUGAUCAAAUAUGGCAUGGAUGAGUCCUCCGUCAUCCUUGAUCUGGGGAGUGGAAGAGGUGUUCCAAAUGUAUUUUUAUCUACAAUAAGCGGCGCCUUCUCUUCCAUUGGUAUAGAGAAAUGCUCAACCGCUUACAUGAUCUCCCUACAGACUGUUAUGAAUUUGCUUAAUCGCGAUUUGGAGAAAUAUGCCACCAAGAAAUGUGAUAUAUUUGACAUCUCUCAUUCUGAUAGGAGAAACAACCCGCCUGGAAGAGAUAUAAGUCAUCGUCUGAAUCGAAUGAAAGAAAUGACGCCACCAAACAAAAUUAAUUAUUGCAUGGAAAAUUGUGAUGAUGGUGAUACAUCUAGUGAAAGGUGGAGUUUAGUCCACUGUUUUAAUCGCAAUGACACCGAUUAUGACUGCAGGAGUUCAGUAGAAGGAUCACAAGAUAUCAAAUAUGAAGUUGACGUAAAAAAAGGAGAUAUGAAAUAUGAAUCAAAAGAUUUGAGAAUAGUAUUAAAUAUCAAUGAUAUGAAGAGGAAUGAUAAAGUUAAUCGCAGUAAGAGAUCAUCUGAAAAGAGAUCUUUUAGAAGGGAUUCGGAUGAUGAACCCUACUUGAAAUAUCGAGAGGCCGAUAUGAACCAUAAUGACGACGAAUGUCAAUACUCAUCCACCCGCCUAAUCGAUUCAUACGAAAAUUCACUAAACAACGUAUUUUCUGGAAGCUUUGUAUCCCCCGACAGGCACAUAUGCUAUAAAUCCGGAAGCAAUGAUUCUGAUUUGGCCCUUUCUAACACUGAAAACAUUAUUUCCAACGAGACACAAACUCCCAAACCAAAAAGGAUGUCCACAUCAAAUGAACUUGAAAAGGUUACAUCAAGUUAUGGCGUGGGAUUUGUCAACGAGGACAUUUCAGCCUUUGACAAUUUUGACGGAGUAACCCAUUUUUACAGUUUUGACGCUGCAAUGGAAGGGGCACUGAUUAAUAAUAUAGUAUAUCAGUUUCAAAACACAAAAACAGCUUGGGUGUACUGUUCUUUCCAUGGCGAUUUGAUCAGUAAAUACGAGUUGAAGAAUUGUUUCAUAUCUGCAAAGAUCCCCUGUCGCAUGUACGUAAGCAAUGAACACCGCAAUUGCUAUGUUUACGUCAAAAAUAAUUGGCAAAUAAUUAAACAAUAUUCACUGGAAUUCUUGUCAAAACACUUUUAUCCAUUCCAAAAUAGGGACGGAAAGGGUUGUUUCAAUUUCAAAGAUAUAGUAUACAAUGGCACAUUCAGUGUUAAUGACUGGGAUGAGCCUAGCACAGCAUUAGACAUAAUCAAGCUUACAAAGUGUUCAAUAAAUGUCCAAUAUGAGUGGUAUCGUUCAAAAUUGGAUAGAAUCCUCUCCACUAGGAUCACCAGGUCUAAAUCAGAUAGAAUUUGGAAUACAUACAAACGCAAUGACUUAUCGGCAGAAAGGGAUGAACUUCUUGAGAGCUUGGCCAAAACUCCCAGCAGAGUUGAGCAGUCAAGGUACAGGAAAGAGCUGGUAAGACAUAUCAAUAGGCAUUAUUCUGGUUCAAAGUCAUUUCCAGUUCCGACUAAAUAA